AUGCAAUAUAGUGAUUCCUCAAUUACCACCACAGGUUUAACUGGCUGUUAUGGCUUUUUAAUCGAUAUCAAACACGAUGAUAAUUCAUUCUGUUUUUUGGAGCACCAUUCAUGUGCCGUAGAUUGCAGCACGCAAUCAACAUUACCAGAAAUACUCUUGAGUCUGAUUAAGGAUCUGGUAAAGCAUAUCACGGAAACGCUCAAGAGCACUCCUGGCUCCAAAUCUAUCGAAUUCAAGAAAAUAUCUGAUGCGUCGUUAUUCAUUUGCGGUGGUAUCCAACAAAAUCCGGACUAUAUACGGCUUGCUUUCGCUUUACUCCAACAACCACUCAAUCCAGAAACACGCGGGAUAUUUCAAGCAGAAACAUCCGAAUUUUAUUUAUUGCAAUGA